ACUCGUUUCCGUCCGCCAUUUUUGUUUGCGCCAACUUACGCUGGGUGGCUCACAUCGAAGUCAAGUAUUUCUGAUGGAUUAUAAGAAAUAAGUUCACUAGAAUACAGUAUUAAUUAUCUUCUGGUGGAUCACACUGGCUUGCCAGACGGACUGACCAAUGUUGGCGAGACUGAAAGCCAAGCUCCUCCGUUUCUUUUUACCUUCUCACAGGGACGGCGUACCGCCGGAGGACCGCCGGCGCGCUUCAGAGAAACGUAAACGCGACGAAAGCAUGGAUAGUGACAAUGAUGAUGACGACGAUGUCAUUGUCGAGGCCUGGAACAAACGCAAGCACUUUCGCACGAACGACACUCGUCUGGCAGGGCCGGGCAGAGCGGAUAAUCGUCACGAGAGCUGGCUGCGCUGGGCGAUCCGCAAGCCGAUGCAAAACUACUUCGUCGGCCAGGCGGUCAGUUGUCUCACUCCGACGGCACCUGAACCUCCUCACCAGCGACCUGUUGUGCCGCGGUUGCAACCUCUGCACGAGCAGAUGACGUUCUGGCCUCUGGAGCGGAACCAGAACGACAGAUCUUCGUCCGGUUCUGCGUCGAGAGCGUCGCUGCUGUCGACGGCUGAGCGCCCCGAGCCAACGCCGGAGCUUGGCGGGCCCGUCGAGAACCACAGCUCAUCACUGUAUAAAGCCGGCGGCGCGCAUACGCAGAGGUCCCAGCCUCUGAGUCCCGAGAUGCAGAGAUCACCGAGUCCAACAAACGCCGAUUCCGCGGUUCCAGUGCGCAAUGGUGGUCGCUACCUGGCUUCGACGCCGUACAGUUGCAUGCGCCUUCAAGAGAAGCGCGAAUACCAGUUGCUUCUUCGGCAGCAGUGCACCGCUCCGCACUGCAAUAUGAAGCUAAGUUUGCAGGAUGCAUCCAUGAGUACCAUUGCCUCCAAUAGCACCGUUGGUUUCACGAAGACCGAGUGGCCUCUUUCGAGAUCCCGAUCGCCAGAUGCGACGAAGGCUGUGAAACCGCGGGGUGAUAGGCCAGCCCUUGCCUCUUUUACGAACUCGCCUUCUUCGACGAGGCAUUUGACACCUUCGAAAAUUAAGGCGUCCUCAAAACCCUUGCUGACUCCUGCGUCGACAUUUCCCAAGCCAACUCGCGGGGCAGCUUCGUUAGCUCGUGAUCCUCCUACAGCAAAGAACUCGUCGGCGUCUUCGUCAUCAACGGCGCACUCGUCGUCGCCUGAAGUGCCAGAACUUCCUUCCAGCCACUUCUUUUCACCGGCAUGGCUCCAGGAGCUAAAAGACAAGCUCACACACAUGGACCAAACUGCUCAGGCAUGUAUAAUAUCCAAGGAGAAGGGUUUAGAAGUCCAGCUAGAGAAAACUUAUUCGUUGCAUUCAAGAAAAAAGCCUCCUGUAACGGAGGUCCAAGCAGAAGUGAUCAAGAAAGAAGUGCUCCCCAAGCUAACACCCAAGAUGGAAGCUGCUAUCGACAAAGCCCUGAGGCCAACUCCUGCCGAUGAAGUGAUCGCCACGGGAUUCAAGCUGACGGUGACGCGGAAGGACAUGGAAACACUUGCUGGUUUGAAUUGGUUGAAUGAUGAGGUCAUCAACUUCUACAUGAACAUGCUCAUGGAACGCGGCCGCACACAGCCGGGCCUGCCUUCGGUGUAUGCCUUUAACACCUUCUUCUACCCCAAGCUGCUUGCCAGCGGUUAUGCUGCUAUCAAGCGUUGGACGCGACGAGUGGAUAUUUUUGCACACGACCUCAUUCUUGUUCCUGUACAUCUGGGCGUACACUGGUGCCUGGCAGUCAUUGACUUCCGACACAACACAAUUCGUUAUUAUGACUCCAUGGGCGGCAGAAAUCCUGAGUGCCUCGAGGCGUUGCGCAAGUACCUCCAGGAAGAAAGUAGAGACAAAAAGCAGAAGGAACUUGAUCUAUCCAAGUGGACCUACGAGACUGUGAAAGACAUUCCGCACCAAAUGAAUGGAAGUGACUGUGGCAUGUUUGCACUGAAGUAUGCGGAGUACAUUACCAGAGAUGCGAAGAUCACUUUUGAACAGUUGAACAUGCCAUACUUCAGGAGGCGCAUGGUGUAUGAAAUUCUUACCAACAAGCUUCUCUAAAAUGAAUAUGGGCAGUUGGCACAUUGGUGAUCGACAUCAUCUAUCUAGCAUGAGGACAUGAUGAGGCCUCGCUGCCUGUGCAACUUCUGCUGACGUUCUUCAUUUCUACACUUGCUGUCCAUAUUGGAGCUUUACCUUGAAACAGAGAGCUUUGUGCUCGUGGUGAUAGCGGCGCAAUGAUGCGUUUCGAGCUCUACUGGCAUGGGCAGGUCACUGUCAUGAGGUGUGGGCGGCCUUUGCCGUGCUUGUUAUUACGAAUUUUUUAACCUUUUGUGGAAUGCUGUUUUUCUAAAUGGAAUGUGUCAUGCCUCAUAACACCUGUAUUUAUUCUCAGAAACUCUCUUGUUACAUUGCUCAUUUUCUUUGUUGUACCCCAGUUUUAAUAUGUUCACUUCAUGUCUAUUGUACUAUAAGUAGUGUCAUGACCCUUUCAUUUCUUGCUUUUCGAUAUUUUGUUAUGGACAGGGUACAUUUUUGUUCAUGCAAAAAAAAUCAUGCUAUUUCUUAUCACUGUAAUUUUCGAAACUGAACACAAAUAUGGAGGAAUAAAUACGAGUUUUAUUACUUGUA